CAAACCUCCAGUUGCCGCUGUCUGCGCCCAGACGCGAAUACAGCCUUCUACCAUCGCCAUUGGUAUCACAUAACCCACUCAGUCUGCAGUCAUGGACUUAGAUAUCGAGAUGGACGUGGACGACGUCCACGACGUCCAAGACAUCCCCCAGAUACCUGAGGCAUACACACACGACAUCAUCACGGGCGAGGAACAGGAACCCGGCGAGAUCGAUGACGACGCUACCGAUAACGUCAAUGGCAGCGGCGACAUUGCCCAAUCCGAUAAGACGCUCGUCCCUACAAAAGUUCACGUUCGGGGUCUCGACACAUUCAACCCUCAAGAGGUCAAAGACUACGUCUCCGAGCAUUGUGGAUUGACCCAAUUCGACAGAGUGGAGUGGAUCGACGACACCAAUGCAAACCUUGUCUUCAGGUCCGAAGCUCUUGCCCAGGAAGUUCUCGUUGCGCUCGCAUCGGUCGCUAUUGCCGACCCGACAGCACUACCGCCACUGGAAGAAGUGCCCUCCAAAGGCUUCUCGGGAAAACCAGAUAGCGUUCUCUUCGUCCGCUUUGCCGUCCAGGGAGACAGGAAAGUUGUUGGUGCUGCGGCCCGCAGCCGUUUCUACCUAUUACAUCCAGAGUACGACCCAGAGGAGCGAAAGAGGCGUGGCGAGUUCAGGGACCGGAGGUACAGGGAUCGCGAUGAUGGCCCACGGGGCAGGAAGAACUACAGGAACGACCGGAACGACCGCCGCAGAGAACAUGAGGAAGAGGAGGGUGAGCCGUUUGACGUCAAUCUUUACGAUGACGACUCGACAGCACUAGGCAAGCGCGUCACAAGGCCCGGUUCGACACGUCCUCAGUCGCGGUCUCGGCGCGGCUCGGUUUCCAGCAAUUUCUCGACCGAAUCUAACAGAUUGAGGUCGUACUCGCGACAGAACCGAGAAAAGGAGCUCUUCCCUGACCGACGCCGCUCUAGAUCGCCACGCCAGCGCAACCGAUCGGCAUCACCUCUACGAGACCGUGACAGCGACGCACGGAUGGAUCUGGACGCCGAGAGAGACAACAGAUACAGGGAUGCUGCUUCGCUACGUAGCCGGGAGAAGGGUCGGGCGAUCAAGGAGCGUUUGGCCAGGACCGAACCCAGAGACAGAAGCAGAGGAAGCGACAACACCACCAAGGAGCUUUUCCCUUCCAAAGCCAACAAGCCCAAAGAACUCUUCCCUACCAAGGUAUCUUCGACAAUUGGCAGCAGAGCGCAGAUGGAUCAAGUGGAGGAGGACGUCGGAAAGUUGGCAAGCGCAAAACUAGCAGAUCGGAUUACGCGAACAACGACGACAACGACACCCGCUGGCGGCUUCAGCAUUCGCGGUCUCGCGACCAAGAACAUUAACACCGACCAAGGGUUCAGGAUCAAGGGGACAGGGACGACAAGCACUACAGUGAAAGAACUAUUCCCGGAGAAGUUCAGUGGAACAGGAACCAACGUAGGAAAAGAAUUGUUUGCUGAGAAAUUGGAGGGUAGAGGACAGAGGAGGCGGAGAGCCGAGGAUAUGUUUUACUGAGGCGGAGGCGCUUCUGAGGAGGAAUAGACUGAUUCAUGCUUUGGCCAGGGGACACCUGAGGCUUACAUACUCGAAGUUGGAGCUGGAUCAUCGAUAUUUCUACGGAGGGGACAGAGCAAGACGCUCAUCCAUGGCAUUGUGUUUGUCUGGCCUUUUAUGGACACCGCGGUAUCAUCGGUCAGUGCAUGCCACUUGCGGCUGGCUUUUCCCUAUCAGCCUCUCAACUUGGAGCCCGGACACAACCCCGAAGAAGGUGAUAGUUUGAAGGGUACGAUUUGGUGGAAGAGGUAUUUCAGGCCAACUAGGAAAACAAUCGUGGCUUACGCUCAGCCCAUAGAUGAGAUUAGGUCAGUGACGGUGCAGCCAAGCAGUUGCAGACUGGCUAAAUUGUAUAAUAUCGACAAAAACUUAAAAGAAAAGGUUAACGCUGACCCGCU